UACUUCAGUGUUGGAAAAUACCCUUUCUUUUCGCUCCCGUCGUCCAAAAAAAUAUAAAAAUGGCAAAUCGCGGUGGUCGUCAUGCUCGUACUGAGGAAACUGAAAAUGCUAUAAACUAUGUACAAUGCGACGGCCUGGCCGUCAUGAAAAUGGUAAAGCAUUGCCAUGAAGAAUCCAAUAACAUGGAUCUUGCCCAGGGCGCUUUGCUUGGCCUUGUUGUGGACAAAUGUCUGGAGAUCACCAAUUGCUUCCCAUUUCCCAAGAGUGGCGAUGAGACCAUGGAUGAGGAAAUGUACCAACUGACUGUGAUGCGCCGUCUGCGUAGAGUCAAUGUGGAUCAUUUGCAUGUGGGCUGGUAUCAGAGCUCCGAUGUGGGCAACAGUUUAUCCCUGGCCCUGCUGGAGUCGCAGUAUCAUUAUCAGACUAGCAUUGAGGAAUCUGUUGUGGUGGUCUAUGAUACUCAAAAAUCUUCUCGUGGUUUCCUGUGCCUUAAGGCCUAUCGACUAACGCCACAGGCCAUACAAAUGUACAAGGAUGGCGAUUUUACGCCCGAGGCAUUCCGUAAUCUGAAGGUGGGCUACGAAAGUCUCUUCGCUGAGAUUCCCAUUGUCAUUAAGAACUCGCCCCUUACCAACAUUAUGAUGAGUGAGCUGAAUGAACUCCUGCCUGAGGAUAAGGGUCACAACUUCUUGGACUUGGGUACAGCAUCGGUGCUGGAGAAUCAUAUGCGCAGUUUAAUUGAACGUGUGGAUGAACUAUAUCAGGAAGCUGUGCGCUAUAAUAAAUACCAGCAAGUCGUCUUCAAGCAGGAUACGGAAAAACAUCGUGCUCUGGCUAAACUGGCUGCCGAGAAUGCUGUACGCACUUCCAAGGGUGAACCCACAGUGUCCGAGGAGGAGGUCAUCAAGCAGUUCCGUCCCAUGCCUGUGCCGGCCAGAUUAACGGCUACCAUAACUUCUGGACAGAUUAAUACGCACGCUCAGCACAUUGCCCAAUUCUGCUCUCAAUCGUUGGCCAAACUCUUUAUCACAGAAUCGUUGCAGAAUGCCAAGGAAGCCAAGGAAAUCAAGUAGAUUUACACACGUGUUUUGAGAAUUGGAGAAAUACAAAAAAAGAAAACUCAAAAGAACUAUCAAUAAACGAUAAAACUGACGGAGACGAUGAAAACAAAACCUA